AUGACAGAUGUUGACUCCCCUGCUGAUGUUUUUGGAGAAUCUGCCGCUGAGGCCGUACAACCUUAUCCCGCCCCAGAACCAGCUGCAGAGGAGCCAACAACAGAGAAGCCAGUCGAAGACCUACUGGCAGAAGACCAUGCUAUCGAAGGCAUUCUCGCUGAAGAGUCGCUCCUCAAAGAACACCCAGCUGAAGAGCACAUCGAAGAAGUGCUGCCAAUCGAGUUUCUACAAGUGGAACAACUGCCUGCAUAUGUACCCGCAGCUGUGGAGCCCUUACCCGACCCUGAACCUGCACAGGCAGUAUCGGCAGUCCAACGUUCCGUGGAAACCGAAGCGCCAGCAUUAGAACCGCCAAAGGAGGUACCAGCAGCCGGAUUUGAGCCUGUGAUACAACCAUCUGAAGCUUCACCAGAACCGCCUGCUGAGCCCAAGCUUGAAGAAGCAAAAGCUCAGCCGGAUGAGCUACCAGAAGUGAUCCAACGUUCAGUCGAGCCAGAUCCAGAUCCUGAACUGGAUACCGAGCGGUCACCUGAGCCACCUCCGAACGUUAUCGAACCAGAGCCUACACCCAUACUCAAAGCAAAAUCCGAACCUGAAGCAAUACCUCAAGCUGAAGAACAUCUGGAAGUGGUUCAGCGUGCUGCUCAGCCAGAAGGACUAGCAGCUGAAGCAGAAUCAGCAGUACCUCAGCUAGAACCACAGGCUGUACCGGUCUCUGAAUUGGCGCGAGAGACUCCCCUACCUCCUAUUUCGACAAAAUCUGCCAAACCACGAAAGCGAGAUGCGUGGCGAAUCAGACUGGCAACCGGUGGCAAUGGCAAACAACGACUCCUGAUGUUUACGGCGCCGAGAGAGACCAAGCCUCUGGUGGCGGCACUCCAGCACGAAAAAGCGAAGGGUACGGAUAUCAAGCCGGUGGUCGACGGCAUGCUGGCCAUGAUCGCGUCUUAG